AUGAUAGUGAACUCUGGAGUUAGUGAUCAUGAUAAUGGCCUUCAGGCCGUAGGAGAAACAGGACCAGAUGGAACAGGCAAGAUGCAGGAGGGAGGUCAGGACGUUGGAGAUUCUGUGCACGACUCGGUGGACUCGGCGGACGGGGGGAACCCUGCCAAUUGGGCCGACUCGAGGGAAGUAACAGCCCAUUCUGCGCAGGUCAGCGCAGAUGGCCAAAGCGAGCGCAACGAAGGCCUAGUGAAAUCGUCUUCCUUCUUCGCGAGGUGUUUGAGUAAGAUAGGAAAUUUUAACAGUGCUUCGCGUGCGGAGGGAAACACAGAUGGGAAUGCGCAUGAGAAUGCUACUGACAAUGCUGAUGGGGAUGCGAAUGAAAAUGCGAAUGAGAAUGCUCAUGGCAGCGCGCACAGCAGCAGUGAAUUGGGGUUGUUGUCCAAAGGCGCAAGCAGCGAAUUUCAAACAGAGGCGAUGAACGACACCGUGCCACAGAGCGGUGAGUUAGAGGUAGCCAUGACCGCCAUAACAGAGUUUCAUAAAAAAGAAAGUCAGGUAAAAAUAAGUAGGGGAGAAAUUUACCUCAGUGAGAAGGAGUUUGCAGUCAUAUCCUACCUCCUGUCAGGAAGUGGUUUUAGAUUUGCCCUCAUUGAUGACCCCAAGAAGAAAAAAAAAAGAGAGUUGUUAAGGCUGGACGAACUUUUAAUGGAGGCUAAGAGGUGGAAGGGUGAAGGACUUACUUCGAGCCUCAAAAGAGAAGGCACACAUGAGAGAAGACAGGGAGGGAACAUGUCAUAUGUGGACAACACUGAAGAUGCACAUGGUGCAGGUCGCUACGAUGCAGAGGAUGGUAGUCUAGAGGAAGGAAAAUUGUUAAGACGCUCAAGUGAAGGAGUAGGAGUACACUACGCCAAAAACGAACUAAUCAAGGGUGAGCAAUCUUCCACAUCACGCGAGACACAAAGGAGACUGAAAGAAAGUGGUUAUACCCAUUUAGACUCAACAAGCGAAAGAGGAAAUAAAACAAAUAAUGAUAUACAAAACGAAAUUAUAAGUAGAGUCGAUAAUAAAGAAAGGAUACAGCUAUGUGAAGAAAUUCUGCUUCAUUUAAAAAAUAAUUUUUAUGACCAAAUAUUAAAUAUAGAACAUAAUUUUAAAAAUUUAGGUAACAGAAUUGAAGACAGUAAUGGUUUCUACUUCCAGUGUAUAAUGGACAAGCUACAGAAUAAGAAAUAUGAAAACCUCUUUUUCAUUUAUAAUGAUGUAUAUAUGUAUGUGAAUAACUUAUUGUUCCUGUCCAAGCCUUCCAGUUUCAUAUGGAUGAAGGUGCAUGAGUUGUCGACUCAAAUUACUGGCUCCAUGUCUGAGCUUCAACAGAGGAAGGAGACAAAGAAGACCUCCCUUUCCCAGGGCGCCCAGGGCUCGUUACAAGAACACGUGGAUAAGGACGAUGUUGGGAAGGGCAAGGCCCUCCUGGUUCCCCCUGGGGACACCAUUGAGCAGUCCAUCGACGAGGACGAGAAGCUGGCCUUCCAGCUGCUCCUGGGCAAGUUGCACCAGGACAUACACUUCGAGCUGUUCCGCAAGUUCAAAAGCAAAGCCGUGUGGAAAACCCUCGAGAGCGGCGAGAUCGAACUGGACGACAAACUCACCAAGGCGGAUGUGUUCAGAGAAAUGUACAGCUGGUGUAAAGUGCAGCUGGAGUUGAAGAGCAAGCGCAGUGAUGUGUCAGACACAGAAAGCGAUUCUUCGAAGGACUCAUAUUAG